AUGGCCGAACGCAUGGCCCAACCCCUUCAGCCGACGUUUACCGGCUACAUUCACACGACUUUGGAUGCCUUGAUCCUCUUCGAGGCCUGCCUCGUUGGCCACCUACAACAUGUGCCCCGAAGACCACACGACAGAGAACGGAACGACCUCAUCAGGAGCGGCCACGUCUUCAUCUACGAAGAGCACUCCUCCGGCAUAAAGCGGUGGACCGACGGCGUCACAUGGAGCCCCAGUCGCAUCCUGGGCAACUUCCUCAUCUAUCGAGAACUGGACAAGCCCUUCGAGCCUGGAGAAAAGAAACGUGCCAACAAGAAGGCCACGGCCGAAGGCGGCGUCGCGAAGGCUACUAACCACUCAAGAUCCAGCUCCGUUGGCGAGAUCGUCGGCGCUUUUUCGACCCAGACGCAGUACACCGACUCGUACGGCCACCCCCUCAGCGAUGAUACAAUCAGAGAUCUUGUAGGCUCCCUUGUCGAUUCGUACGCAUUCAAGAGCAUGGGCCUGGUGAAGAAGACCAUCUCUGUCACGUAUAAGCAAGUGCAGCACCACUUGGUCUCCUACUACACCAUGGCAGACGUUGUCGAUGGUCACUUGACGCGUCCAUCUGAAAGCCCGACGCUUCAAAACAUGUACCCUCGACACGACCUCAUAGCUUGCAGCUCGUUUCGAUCCCCUGUUCAAGAGUUUCCCCCUUGGGACGGUGUCAGCACCAUCCAGUUUCGAGACUACGCGAACUCACUCCCACCUCCUCCCGAGUAUCCGAUGCCUGCGCCCCGAUCAAUGUCAGUCGUUUCGGCAACGUUCCCGCAGACCGUGUCUAGCUGGGGAAACACCACGGCCAUGGAUAACACAUGGGGCGCCGUGUCCUCGGUGCGAUUGCCGUCCCUGCCGUCCCUGCCGUCCAACAUGACCUCCCCUGCGAGCAACCAUUCUUUUUCCCACUCCAACGGCACCAACGCCAUGCUGCAUGGAACGUCGUCUUAUUACCAGCUAUCGCCGGAUUAUCAUAGAGACCAGGGCGUAUCGGAUUUUGGUGUCAAUCGACGACACUCGUUUGCUCCCGGAACAAGCACAUUAGCCCUCAGGUUGUCCAACUCUAAUGGUGUCCAAGGGGGUACUGGCUUGUCAAGUACUGGCUUGUCAAGUCAUGGCUUGCCCGGCCCGUCGUCGUACGGUUCUGGCGCCGCGUUCAACGCGGCAGCUCUGGCGGCCACGUCGGGUCCGACCACAAAUGGCUUCCAAUCGCACAGCUCCAGCCAGCGCAAGGACGAGUACGACGAGUACGACAUGAACGCGGCGGCUGGUCAGAGCAACGGAGGAUUCAAUGGUGGAGGCUCGACACUUGGCUCGCAAGCCUACGCAUCGAACGCGGCGGCCGGUCACAGCAACGGACGGUUUGAUGCUGAAGAUUGGGCACAUGAUUCGCAAACUCAUGCACUGAAAGCGGCGGCUGAGGAGAGCGAUGAAGAGUUUCCUGGCCCAGGACAUGUUCAUGUUGGGCCGGCGGACGCACCGACCGCGGCUAGUCAUCAGAGCCACGUAGGAUACACCCAUGCCUCAAUAAGUGCGCCUUAUUACAGCAGCACUUACUAG